CCGGGCUGGGCUCUUGGCCUCCCGGCACUACUGGCCUCCCAGUGCUGGGACUACCUUCUCCUACGGGGCCCUUUAGUCUUCAGGGCAGCCACUAGAGCAUGGAUCCCUCCUAAUUCUGCUCUGGCCCAAUGUUCCUCACAGUCAAGCUGCUCUUGGGACGGAAAUGUAGCCUGAAGGUGUCAGAGCAAGAAAGUGUGGCUACGCUGAAGAAGCUGGUAUCUGAGCAGCUGCAGGUGCCCGAGGAGCAGCAGCACCUGAUGUUCCGUGGCCAGCCACUGGAUGAUGACAAGUGCCUCUCGGACUAUUGCAUUGGGCCCAAUGCCUCCAUCAAUGUCAUCAUGCGGCCUUUGGGUACAGCAGCAGCAGACAAAGCCCUCCAGUCUCAGGACCAAACCCAGCCCCUGUGGCACCAGCUGGACAGGGUCCUAGCCAAACACUUUAGGCCCCAGGAUGCCAAGGCAGUGCUGCGGUUGCUGAGGCAGGAGCACGAGGAACGCCUGCAGAGGGUGGGCCCGGAGGCCCUGGAGCAGCUGGCACGCCACCUUCUGGCGGAGCAGCAGCAUAGGGAGCUGGCUGUAGAAAGAGAGGCCCAGAGCUCCUGCAAUAGGGAGGAGGAGGAGGGGGAGGAAGCCUCGCCGGCGGCCGAGAGCCUCGCACUGACGCGGCCCGCGCCUGAGUCAAGCCUGCGUCACGGCGCCCCGCCGCCAGGGUGGCCUUUUGGAAAGCGAGGGAACCGCGCGCGCCGCGCUCCGCCCAGCUCCGUUCCGCUCCGCAGAGCCGGCGCGGCCAGGCGCGGGAGGCGGCACUCAGCCCGGCCUGCGCGGCCCCACACGCCCGGUCCCGGCCCGACCCACAGCCCCGAGCGCGGCGCGCUGGAGCAGGCUCCCCUGGCGGCGAGGCAGGAAGCGGGAGCGAUCGGAGUCCGGGCGCCCCAUCUCGGCCGGGGCGGCCGCCGCCACAGUCGGGCUCGGUGGGAGCAACUGUGCGCCGCGACCCUCGGGGACCGCAGAGACUCGGCCGGCGGGGUGCAGGGGCCGAGUCCCGCGUGA